CUUCCUUCCAUUUUUCCUCUCUGAGAAAGUGGGCGGGUCACUGGGUCAUGAUGACUCCGUUUUGAAGAGGUUUGAAGAUUAUUGUGGAGAAGUGGAGUCAACGGCUGUGUGGGGCGGUCAACUUGAGCUUGGUGCCCUUACUCAUGUCUUGAAGAAACAUGUUGUUAUAUAUUCGGGGUCAUUCCCAGACGUGGAGAUGGGAAAGGAAUAUAUAAUAAUGAUGAGCCAAAUGGUGGGACCUCCUCGUUUGGGCCGGAUAGUAUCUUGUUGUCAUACCACAGGCAUGCCUAUGGAUCUCGGGGAGCAUUAUAACUCGGUUGUCCCCAAACUACCCUGAAAGCUGUGCUUGUUUAACGUGAACAGCAAUGUUACCUUAACUAUUGGACUGUUAGUUUUGAUUCGGAUAAGUAGUUAUAGUGUUAUACUAUUCCCAAGGAAUGCAUGUAUGGUUUAGAAAGUUCUUGUUCUUAGUUUGAUUAUGUUGUAUUCCUUUUUAUGCUGUCGACUGUCGUCUACAUUUGUGUAAUCCCAGUUGAUGAUGCGUAUGGUUUAAAGUUUCAUUUUGCACACGGGUAUAAGACUAUAA